AAGAAUUUAAUGAAUUAAUUCUAAAACAUUAUCAUUCAAAAUCAAACUAUAUACAAAAAAUCAAAUAUCAAUUUGAAAAUAACUAUAAUAUUGAUGAGCUUAAAGUUUUAAUAAAUAACAAAAGAUAUGAUCCAAAUCAUGAUGUUAAGAUAAUCAACAAACAUAUACAAGGAUUUUGCAUGUUAACAAAACAAGAAAGAAUUGGAAGAUAUAUAAAAAAAAAUGAAAAAUAUAAAACUAAAAAAGGUGUUAGUAAAAUUGCACGAAAAGAAAUGCUAUCUGGAAUAAAAGGAUUAUUUAAAAACAAUACUAUGCAUUUAGAUUAUAAUAAUGGAACAAUUCAAGAAGCUUUUGACUAUGUAGGAAAAGAUUUUAAUAGAUAUUUUCUACAUCAUAAUAGUAAAACUACACCUUGUAAAUGUAAUCUAUUUGAUCAAAAUUCUUGUUCUUAUGAAUUUGGUGAAAUUGCAAAAACAAAAAAUAUUGAAGGAAAAAAUCAACAUACAAAAAAAUGGAAAGAAUUAACUAAAGAUAUUGAGGAACAAAAUUUAACAAAAGAUAAAAUUUUAGUUAAAUAUAAUAGUGAUAUUAAAACAUUAACAGCAACAACUAAAGGAAUUGAAGAUGUUUAUAAUACUUUUCAAAAUAUAAACAAAAGACCAAUGCAUAAAAGAUGCUGGAAAACUUGUAAUAUUUACAUUUAUGGUGUUCUCAGAACAGGAAAAUCAUAUUUAGCUCAAAUAUUAUUUCCAGAUGCAUAUGAUAAAUCAAACGAAGAUGGAAAAUGGUAUCUGAACUUUAACAAAAAUAAUGAAUAUGAUGUAGUAAUUUAUAAUGAAUUUUCUGGAAGUGAUCUUAAAUAUAUAAAGUUAUUAAAUUUAUUAGAUAGACGAGAUUUUUCAGUUCAAUUUAAAGAUGGUAAUGUAAAUUAUAUGCCAAAAGUACAAGUCUUUAUAGCAAAUUCAUCUCUAAGAGAACAAUAUACUUAUUAUGAAGAUAUACCAUUUGUACAAUAUAGUAAUGGAUAUAAAGUAACAAACAGAAAAUAUUACUCAGCAGCAAGUAAACGAUUUGAUUAUAUAAUUGAAUAUUUUAAAUUUAGAGAUGAUAACAAACAACCAUGUAAUGAUAAAUGUUUAUGCUGCAAAGUUUGCAGAAUUUUUCACAAAGGAUCAUAUGAUAACUUUAUAAAUUUUAGAUUCGAUAUAGAAUUUAAUAGUAAUAUAACUAUUGAAAAAGCUGAAGAAAUUGUAUAUUAUGAUGAUG